ACUGAGAGGAAAAAGCGUCGGGAGCAGAGACCAUGGAGGGGGGAAGCUGGAUGUAUUAGCUAGUUUGCUGCUUAGGGCACUUUUUACUCUUCUUUCUCUUCUACCCACAGAAAUCAAAGCGUCUCAAUGUGGAGAUAUCCGGUGUGUAUUUUACGUGGCUCGUAAAUCUCCUGAACAGUCAAACAAUCAACUGCGAGUCGGACCGCGGACGGUUAGCACAGCCUGACUGAAAGUUAGCCCGCUCCGGCUAACUUAGCCCGCUCCAGCUACCACGAAAGGACAAAAAAACAACUAAAAACACGAUAGUGAGUAAGAGUGUCGGGGCUUGAAGUAACUCGUAAUGUUGCCUCCCGGGAUUAAUUUCAGAUACGGAUGAGAAAGAAAUUCUCUGGGAACAGCGAGAACAACAGCGAGCCAGACAACCACCGUCGUUAUGCUGGGGUUGAUCCGCGGCUCCGGCAGCCCGUCCGAGUCCCGAGUGUGGCCGCACUCGGUGCUCUGGAGGCUGGGGGGCUUCUUCUUCCUGCUGCUGCUGGAAGGGGCCGGCUGCCUGGCCAGCCCGGGCAGCCCCGUAGGCGUCAACAACAACAACCCCGGAGUCAACAUCUACAUGAGUGUGGAGGAGGUGAAGAAGCUCCUGGGCCUCGACGCAGAGCUGUACUACGUGCGACACGAUGUGGUGAACCAUUACGCGCUUUCCUUCAACAUGUCUGUGCCCACUGAGACCAACAGCCUCUACUUCACAUGGUACUCCAAGACAAAGGUUGACUACCGGCUUUCAUUCAGCGUGGAGAACCCCGUAGCCCUGAACCCGCCAUGGUGCAACAUCUCCCUUCAGGGGGAAGUGCCCCGUGUUCCCUCUGUCUUCAAAGUGGACAUCUUAUGUUCGGGCAAAGUAGAUGAAGAGGCAUUUUUAACAAUGCAGCUGAAUCUGACCAUCCAUGCCAACAACUACACAGUGCUCAACUUCAAGAGGAGGAAAAUGUGCUAUAAGAGAAUCGAUUCUGAAAAGAUCCCCAUUCCUCUCAACAAUAACUCUCUCCCUCGGCCUGACUUAGAUGGUGUUACCGCUCCCACCACCUCCACCCAGGUGUUCUAUAUAAGCGUGAGUGUCUGCUGCAUUGUCAUCUUCCUCGUGGCCAUCAUUCUGGCCAUCCUGCACCUGCACAGCAUGAAGAGAGUGGAGAUGGAGGACAGUGUGAGUGACAGUGGAAGCUCACAGGGCCUUUCUCAGCCGUCCACCCAGACCACGCAGUACCUGAGGGCUGACACUCCAAACAACGCCGCCCCUGUUACCAACAACCACCCUGGUUCUGCACCCAUACUCCAGCUUGCUGCCUCCUCCUUCCAAAACCCCGGUGCUCCCCCUCAUGAAACCAAAAGUUACCCAUCUCUGCGCAUAGAGAAGAAUGACCUGAGGAGUGUGACUCUGAUGGAGGCCAAAGCUAAAGUUAAAGAUAUUGCAAUCUCAAGGGAGCGAGUCACACUACGAGACGUCUUACAUGAAGGCACUUUUGGCCGCAUCUUCCACGGCGUGCUGCUGGAUGAAAAGGACCCCAGUAAGGAGAAGCAGGUCUUUGUGAAGACCGUGAAAGAUCAUGCUUCUGAGGUGCAGGUGACGAUGAUGUUGACUGAAAGUUGCAAACUUCGUGGCCUUCAUCACAGAAAUCUGCUUCCCAUAAGCCAUGUGUGCACAGAGGAUGGAGAGAAGCCCAUGGUGCUGCUGCCUUUUAUGGCUUGGGGUAAUCUGAAGCAGUUCCUGCGGCAGUGCAAGUUAGCUGAGGCUAAUAACCCACAGGCAAUCUCUCAGCAGGACCUGGUUUACAUGGCCAUCCAGAUUGCAUGUGGAAUGAGCUACUUGGCUCGCAGAGAGGUCAUACACAAAGACCUCGCCGCUAGGAACUGCGUCAUUGACGACAACAUGCAGGUGAAGAUUACAGACAAUGCCCUCGCCCGAGAUCUCUUUCCCAUGGAUUACCACUGUCUGGGGGAUAAUGAGAACCGGCCUGUCCGCUGGAUGGCCCUGGAAAGCCUGCUCAACAAUGACUUUUCCAGUGCAAGUGAUGUGUGGGCUUUUGGAGUGACGCUGUGGGAGCUGAUGACUCUGGGGCAGACCCCCUACGUCGACAUUGACCCUUUCGAGAUGUCGGCUUACCUAAAAGACGGGUACAGAAUAGCACAACCAAUCAACUGUCCAGAUGAGCUGUUUGCAGUGAUGGCUUGUUGCUGGGCCUUGGACCCCGAGGAGAGGCCCAAGUUUCAGCAGCUGGUCCAGUGUCUCACAGAGUUUCACGCAGCGUUGGGUGCUUACGUGUGAAAGCAGUGGGUGCCACUUCUUCUUCUUCUAAUCCAUUAAAGCAACGACACUAAAGGCUGGCGGACACUUUUCACGGGGAAUGCACAUUUGAAAUUGUGCCUUAUCACAUGAAAGAUGAGCAGACUUGUGCCCGAUGCUUUUGUUUUGUACAGUUCUUUUGGAGUUUUUAUAUAGUUAAAUUACCUUUUUACAGCAUAGCAAAGUAAAACGACUCUGUGUUCAAUAUUGUUCCAUUUGCUUUGAAAGCAUCUAGAAAAGGCGCCGAUCGACGAUCUCCACACGCAAAGAGGACCCGAAGAACGAAAAGAUGAGGACUUUUUUUGUGCCAUUGAGUGACUUUUUAAAAGAACAAUUUAAGCUUCUGCAGUAUUUUCUACAGAUUCUGUAAUGUUGUGCAAAUUUUAGAUAUGUUUUGGGUGUAAAUAACUCCACAGCAGAAUGAGUUAGGUACCAAAGUAGACCAGAGAGCUUCAGUAACCAUAAUCUUCUUGGACAUGCUGCUCCGCUCAGGCUCGGUACGAGAGGCAGAUCUGUUGAAAUGAUUUCUCUGCAAAUGGUACAGCGCUUCCUCUGCCGUGGAUGAGUUUCCUUUACUGGAGCGCACUCAACAGAGACGUCACACC